AUUUGAUUAUUCGAUGUUUUACGAUUGGUAGGUUGCUUUGAUUAAUUGGAUUUUGAUGCAUGUGCGAGGGGUAGAUUAUUUAAUUCAGAAUAAUUGAAAUGAUGUUUAGAUGUGACGCGUGAUACGAGGCGACACGUUCCACUUUCUCACGUGUCACGGGCACGAUUGUAUACAAUUGAAGCCCAAAUAGUUUUACUUGUAUCCAUUGGAGGGUUUCGCAUCCAUGAAAAUUGAAUUUAGGCGAUUAAACGUAAAUGCUUUUUAAGGUCAAUGCAGACCCUUCUUUACUGUCAUUCAGUCUUCAAGAGUCUGCGGGAAAUAAUGGAUUUCACUCACAAACGUAUACAUAAGAUUUUAUCCUCUAUCCUUAAACCGCUGGAGGCAAUCCCCGCCGACAACAAUAAUAGAGAAAAGUGUUUCCGCGGAUUUCGUAAUUGAUAGCAAACACCUGAUAAGAAUAAUGGAAAUGAAAUAAAAUAGUUUAUUAAUGUCAAAGUAAAAUUUCUAUAUCUACAUUUAUAAUAUGUAUUAUUCGGUAGUCUUUCGAACAAUAGUAUUAUUUUUGCUUCUAUAAACAAAUAUUGCUUUGAGCAAAUCUGAUCUUAUUGAAACAAUAAAGAUGAAAUGUAGUACCUAACAGUGUCAAUUGAUUGACGAUAAAAUGAAUCGUGUGACGUCGGAUAAUAUUAAAUGUAAGUCAAAUUGUUACAUCACGAAAUUGAACGUAAUUGAGAAUUUAUUAGAUGAGAAUGUUGAACGUUUAAAUUCCUCAGAGGCCCAGUCAAUUGACCAGGAACAUGAGGGCAAAACUGUUCACAAGAAGGAGGAUCAAGGUGACCAAAUGCCAUCUGAAGAAUCUACUAACUAUUGGUCUAACUGCGACACAUCCAUAUGGAUGAGAUCUUGUGAACAUGAAGUGAUAGUACCAAUUUCUGGUGAAGUUAUUGGCACUGUACCAAAAUGGCUUUGCGGUAUCUUGUUAAGAAAUGGUCCUGGCAGUCUUAAAGUAGGUGAAUACAGAUUUGAUCACCUUUUCGACAGCUCUGCUCUACUGCAUAAAUUUCAAAUAAAAAAUGGUUGUAUCACAUACCAAAGACGUUUCGUAGAGACCAAUGUGUACAAAAGGAACCAGGCAGCUCAGAGAAUAGUGUUCACAGAAUUUGGUACCAAAGCAGUGCCGGAUCCUUGUCAGAGUAUUUUUCAAAGAGUGGCUGCUGUUUUCAAUCUCUCCGAAUCGCUAUCAGAUAAUGCCAUGAUAUCUGUAUAUCCAUAUGGAGAUGAGUACUAUACGUUCGCAGAGUCUCCAAUAAUGCACCGAGUGGAUCCAAACACUUUGGAAACUUUGGAUAGAGUUAAUAUUUCCGAUUAUGUUGGUAUAAUCAAUCAUACCUCUCACCCUCUGGUGAUGACCGAUGGGACAGUCUAUAAUUUGGGAAUGAGUAUAACAACUCGUGGUCCAGCUUAUAACGUAGUGUGUUUCCUGCCAAGUCGUUUGACUAUAGACGAUUCUGGAGAAGAGAAAGAACUGUCCAUGUUCGAUCAAGCUACCAUAGUAGCUACGGUUCCCUCAAGAUGGAUAUUGAAUCCUUCGUACAUGCAUACUUUUGGGAUAACGGAAAAUUAUUUUAUCAUUAUCGAACAACCAUUAGCUGUAGCUUUGAUUUCGAUGGUAGCUUGUCAAAUUAAAAAUGAACCUAUGUGCACCUGCUUAAAGUGGCAUGAGAACGAGAACACAUUGAUACACGUCAUCUCCAGAGAAAAUGGACGAGUGGAGAGAACUUUUGUGGCAGAGGCCUUUUUCUUUCUGCAUAUAAUUAAUCAAUUUGAGACCAGAGACAGGGAAUAUAUUGUACUGGAUGUUUGCUGCUAUAGAGAUGCUAAAAUGUUAGAUUGCAUGUACGUCGAUGUGAUGCAGAACAUGCACAAGAAUCCUGACUAUUCUAAGUUAUUCCGAGGAAGGCCAUUACGUUUCGUGCUGCCAAUGAAAAGACCCAGUGCGGAAAUACCAACGGAACAUAACUUAAUAACAGUGAAAACUGUCAAUCAGAGUCUGGAACUUUUUGAGGACCCAAUUGUCCAAGACGACUGUAAGAGAAAUGAUGCUGAUGACAAGAGAUCCGAGUAUUCGAGUGUUUUGGAGAAGAAAGCUUCCGCUCAUAGACUUCCGGAUGGUAGCAUAUUUGUGCGUCCUGAAUUACUUUGUGAUUUGGGAUGCGAAACUCCUAGAUUAAAUUCUGACUUCUAUCUUGGCAGGGAGUACAGAUAUUUCUAUGCGAUAUCUAGCGACGUCGAUUUAGAGAACCCUGGCACGAUUAUCAAGGUAGACACUAUAAAGAAGACUAGAAAGACUUGGGCUGAGAAAGGUGUUUAUCCGAGCGAGCCUAUUUUUGUACCUGAUCCAAAUGGAAAGAAUGAGGAUGACGGAGUUGUACUGAGUGCUUUGGUCUGGGGCGAAGGACGGGAAACGGAAGUUGGUCUGUUGAUCUUGGAUGCAGUUACUUUCGAAGAAAUUGCACGCGCAACUUUUGUUACGCCUGGUCCAGUACCGAAGUGCUUACAUGGCUGGUUUACGCUACAGAAGUGAAUAUUGAUUGUAAUGUAUUAGGCAGUGUUUUGAAACUAUUUUAAUGGAAUAAAUUGUAUUCUUUAUUUA